UCAUGAUUGAAAUAAAAUUGCUAAUUACAAAAGAACUAAUUUGUCAUAAACGUUAAAAAUAGAUUCAGAAUCAAUCACAAACGAUUUACAAACGAAAUACACUAAGAAAAAUUAAAAAUAAUCAUAUUUUAUUAUUCCUACUGGCUAGCUUCAUGUAGGUCACUGGCUUGAGGGUGUAAUUCUUUUUCACGUUUUCAGUGUUUCAGUGGUUUUCAGUCACUGACUGUUUUUGUGGCUGAGGUUUUGAGUUAUUCUUCGGAAUAAAUCAUUAAAUAAAUAUGAUGAAUGCGGUACGAUUUGUUUGUCAGCGAAAUGUUCGCCAAAUUCGUCAGUUCCAUAAAUGCAUUGUUCAGCACACAGAGGUAGAAGCAACUACUGUUAGUACACCUGCAGAAUCCAGUUAUGUUUCUACAGAUACAGAUAAGAAACCAGAAGUUAGUUCUAAGAUAGAACAAAUUGCUAGUCAGAUUGUUGCCUUAAAUCUUAUAGAAGUGGCACAAUUAAGCGAUUUGCUAAAAAAGAGGUUAAACUUACCGGAUGCACCUAUGAUGUCUAUGGGUGCUUUUGUUGGUGCACCUAAAGCUGAAGAAGAAGAGGAAGAACCUCAACAAGUACAAACCAUAUUCACUGUUAAAUUAAAAGCUUUUAAGGAUGAUCAAAAGGUUGCUUUAAUCAAAGAAAUGAAGACUAUACUACCAGACUGUAAUCUUGUGCAGGCUAAGAAAUUUGUUGAAAGUGCACCAGUAGUGGUCAGAGCUGAUAUUCCAAAAGAUGAAGCAGAACAGCUGAAGGAGGCUAUUGAAAAAGUGGGUGGUGAAGUUGAAAUUGUAUAAUUAUCUUGUAUAAAUAUACAUUCAAAGUUUUACUAAAGUGGUCUGAUAGCAUUUUUAUAAUAAAAUAAUUCCUAUAAUAAUUAGUUAAAGAUCCCUUACUAUAGACAUAUAUAUUUCUGUAAUGUUCAUUGUAUCACCUCUUGCAUUUUUAUCAUAAACAAGAGUCUAAACAUAAAAAUUAUAUUAUAAAUUAUGUAUAUAAAAACGAUGAAUAAAGUGAUUUUUAAUGUUA